AUGUUUGCCGAUAUCGAUUUGACUGGAGACACCCUCCCAAAGAAGAUUCGCAACGCUGAAAUUGCACAGUACAACUUCAUCGUCGUGGUCGGGGAGGCCGAAGCUAACGUCAAGGCCGUGAAUGUCCGUAAUCGUGAUGACGUUGGAAACAAACAACGCCAGGACGAGGUUAUUCCUCUGGAUGACUUUGUUGCUAAGCUUCUUUCACUCAAGACAGAAAGGAGACUAGAGAACAAGUUGUUGUAG